AUGCAUUUCCACGCUACUUGGAUCGGUCUGCUCGCAGCUCUCCCCUCGGCCUGGGGAUUCUGGCCGAUCUCCUAUACCGAAACUGCGAGUCCGUACCGCAAUGAUGCGCCUACCGUAAAGGUCGAGACGUUGUUUCAAUUCCCCAACAAUGGCUCGUGGAUCGACAAUCUUGCCUUGCGUUCUGAUGGGAGCGUUCUCCUCACGCGUUUGGAUACGCCCGAAGUCUGGUCGGUAGACACUACCACUGGAAAUGCGACACUGGUUCACUCCUUCGCCAAUGCGACCAGCUGCUUUGGAAUCAGCGAAAUUGACGAUGAUGUCUUUGCCGUCGUUGUGGGCAACUUCUCCACCAAGACGUACCAACCCACCGCUGGGUCCUUCACAGUUCAGCAGCUGGACUUUAACAAUGUUCACACGACCAACAACGAGCAAGGAACCCAAUUGGCAUCGGUAUCCCACAUCGCUGCCCUCCCCGAAGCACAAGCUUUGAAUGGCAUGGCCUCCUUCACGAAGGAGUCGCAUCUAGUGUUGAUUGCGGACAGCCCCAAGGGCGUGGCGUGGAAGCUCAACACGCAGACCGGUGAAUACUCCGUGGCUCUCAAUGAUACCACUAUGCUCCCUGCCGAGGGCCAGGCUCUUCCACUAGGCAUCAAUGGCCUCAAGCUGGUAGAUGACUAUAUCUACUACUCCAGUACGACCCGCAUGCAAUUCGGCCGUGUCAAGGUUAACCAGGAUGCGACCCCGGCCAGCGACUACGAGAUCAUCGCCAGUGGUUUCCUCCCGGACAACAUGGACGUGGCAUCUGAUGGCACUGCAUACAUCGCGACUGACCCGCAGAACUCGGUUGUUCGCAUUACACCAUAUGGUCAGAUCUCUCUUGUGGCUGGUGGUCAGCUUUCUACCCAAAUGCCGGGUCCAACUUCUUGUCGGCUGGCAGCGGAUGAGCAGACUCUGUAUGUUGGUACGAGUGGAGGUCAAGUUGCUCCCGUGCUGGGUACAUUCAUGGAGCCUGCUAAGGUGGUGAAGAUUACGUUUGAGUAA